UGUUGCUAAAGUUUGAUGGAAAUAGAAUUUAGGUGGGCGUGGGGGAAGGGAGUGUUCUGUGGGUAAUAACAAAAAGCAAAGCAAAGAAGUUGGGGAAAGGAAAGGAAGAAUAAGAAAAUGAGACGAAAUUUAGAAGAAAAUUACAAAGAGAAACACUAACACUAACAACAAUAACAACAGCAACAUCUGCCAGAAAUUGGAGAAGGGGGGCGAGUAUUACGGCUACUUGCAGGUGGUGGGAGUGGCUGAUUGGAGCCUCCACCUGCAACUUGAAACCCACACUCACCCAGAACCUCCGUUUCUCUCUAACCGUACACGAUGUGAACCCCUCACCACUGAUCACCACGUGGAUUCUUCCCAUUUCCCUCCUUCAUGAAACCUCCCCUCUCUUCUCCUUCUCCUUCUUCUUUACUUAUUUCCCCUUUCUGGGUUUCUCUUUCCCUCCAUUUCAAUCGCUUAUUUCAACUCUCUCUUCUUCUCUCACCUUUUUCCCCAACUGGGUCGUUUGAUUUUGGGGGUUUUAGCUUUAAUUCUAUCUGGGUUUUGUGUUUGAACUUGAAAUCAGGUGUUUUUGUGGGUUGAUUUGAGAAGGGGUUUUGGUUGUUGUCUGUUUUUGUUCAAUGGGGGAAGCCAUCGGUGUAUGUGGGGAUGAUCUGAUGUUGAGACUUUCACCGGAGAUGAGUAGAGAAACAACGGAGGUUUCUAUUUCUGAACCGCCGGACCUUACUCUUAGGCUCUCUCUUGGAGGAAUUUAUUGCGGAAAGUCGAAGGACAAUUCGUUAACCCGAUCGUCUUCUGUUAUUGGAGUGAUUUCUCAGAACGCAGAGGCGUCGAAAUGGAAUAUGCAGAGGCAAACGGGGUCGUUUCUUUCGUUGUCAAGAUCUUGCUCUCUUCCGGCUGAGACAGACCAACUCGGUCGGAUUAAACUAAAGGAGUUUCAAUUGAUGAGAAGGAUGGAGGCUAAAAAGAGACUGGUGGAGCAGAGGAGUAGCAGAGCACCUGCGCCGGAGGAUGAGAAGUCGGCCGCAAUACCGCCGUCGCCGUCUGAAGUGGCGGCUUGGGCCGCCGCUUCUGCAGCGAAAAGUCCUGCACUAUGUCGUGCGAUUGAUAAGAUCAAAUCCACGCAAGGAAGCCUUUCGCAGAGUUAUACAACUGAAGGACAUGGAAGUGUGGGAUCAGCAAAAGGCUCAUCCACUUCUCAAUCAUCACUGGAGUCAAAUGACAGAGAGUCAGUAGUGAACUCACAAACAAUGGCAUCAAGAAAAACGGAAAAACCACCAACAAAUGCAGCAAAAAGAGCGAGAAUUUCCAAGGCAUUGAUGGAAGGGGAUAAGGGGAUGGACGUGAUGAGAACGAUGCCAAGCGUGUCAACGAUCGGGGACGGGCCGAACGGGAGGAAGGUAGAAGGGUUUUUGUACAAGUAUAUGAAAGGGCAAGUUUGCAUAGUGUGUGUAUGCCAUGGAAGCUUUCUUACUCCAACUGAGUUUGUGAAACAUGCUGGUGGGAAGGAAGUGGCUAACCCCCUGAAACACAUCCAUGUAUGCUGCACUUCAUUUUCAUUGGAAAAAUGAAAGAAAACACCAAGAACAAUGAGGAUCACAGCAUCAACUUAAUGAGAAUAUUGUUGUUAAUUGUUACCAUCA